AUAUUUCCCUCUGUAAUGUUCAAAGCCUGGGAAUUUUUUUUUACACUAUUUUUUAAAUAAUGUGCAAAAGCCAGACAUCCAGAAUGUGUUUUUCAUUCCCACAUGAUCCUUAUUUGAAGUGUGAGAGUAAACAAAGUGGCCACGUUUCAUAUUGACAGAAGAGGACUCACCCCGCGAGGGCCUUGCCUCUGGUUCUGUGGGGCAUGCUGCUGCUGGACAUUCUGUCCUCGACCUCGUCUCCUUCCUGCCAUCCUGGACGUUCUGCUGCUGUGUCCCUGCACCGGCGUGUCGCUCCUUCAACUCUUGAGCAGGGGGCUGUUUGUAAGUAUACUUCCCAUGGGCCGGCCUGCCUGUUACCUGAUGACGGGAGAACAUUCUGAGCAAAGUUCACAGCCUCUCUGGUGAAGGCGUUUGGAAAUGGAGAUUGCACUUGUUAUCAAUACUGAACCUUCGAGGAUUGUCCCUUUCUUCAUUUGGUAUUGCUGACACUUAAAGUCACACUUUAAGCAAACUUCCCGUGGGACAGUCCAGGUGGGAGUUAAAGUGAAAAUUCAUGUUUCAAAUCAUUUCUCACAUUUCCUUCGAGACUAUUAAUGUGUAUGGAGUUAAUAGGGUAUGGGCCGGAGCUUUCACAAUUUGCAGCCUUUGGAACCAAACACUGAAGCACAAUGUGUCCCGACAUUUCACUCAACUGUCACAACUUACCUACAGUAAUACAGCUUGGGUACACCUUAAAAUCAAUAACUUGUCCCUGCAUGUCAUAGCACAUUUACUGUUCUACACCAGCUGCUACUUUAUCAUACACACUGUUUACUCUGUAGCUCCAGCUGCAGUUUGACCCUGUUGUUAAAAGAUUUACACACAUGUACUGUCUAAAACAACCAAAUCCUAUUAUAUAGUCUCAAAUACAUAUGCAGAAAUGCUUUAAUGAUAGUAUUUAUUUGGAAAUGUAUGUUAAGUGAAGAUUUUUUUGCCGUGAGAGCAAAAACAAUUGUUUAAAUGUUUCAAAAAUUACUGUAGUGGAUAAAAGUGAAAUGAUAUUCGUGGUGCCCAGAGGAUGAAGCUACUGACUCCCCCAUCAACAACACUGUGAGGUUGUCUUCUGGGGUUUUAAGUGCACUGUCUCAAAAUGGAGGAAUUCCCUUUCAAUUUAGUACAGAAGUUCAUGAAUUUGUGUAACUUUGGUGAUAGCAUUUCAUUUAUAGCGUCGUUAUCAGACCUCUUAACAUGACAGAUUUUUUCAUCAAGAUUCAUGAUUAUUUUUCUGAGAAAUCAACGAAAGUCCCACAUCCGCCUUCUGAUCCGGAUCCGCUGCAACAUUUAAUGGUAUCGUCUGUGAUCCGUCUCACAUCCUUCCAUCCAAUGAUAAUUUGUUUAGUAAUCCUGCCAAUUAACAGGGAGACAAACAAACAGACAUCAUCUUCUCCGUGCCGGUGAAAAGGAGAGGCUGGUGGAAUUUAAAUGUAAAAAAGGGAGGGCUGUUCCCUCGCAUAAUCAAUAACAACCACUUUAAUCAACAUCCAUUAUCAACAUAACAAAGUAGUGAAAAUACAGCCACUUGUCAUCUGUGUUUAAAAAUAUAUAAUCUUUGAUAUGUAAGUAGUUUUUUCUAAUACAAUAAAUAACACAUAGUAAGACUGAAAUAAAAUACUAAUCUGAAAGGUUAAAACCCCUCCCCUGCUCUCCCAACAAAACUGAGACCACCCUCCCUCCCUCCACUCCUCCUCCUCCUCUGAAACCCCCUUCCCCAUCCGCGAGGCUUGUACUGUACUGAUCACUGUCUAAAUACAGCCUCAGUGAAACACAUGGCUGCUCAGUGUGGUUAUGGGCGUGUUCAUAGAGGAUUCUUCUCAUACGUUGUCAUGAAUAUUUUCGUAAAUGGUUGUAUAAACACAAUGUCAUCAUUGUUCUGGAAUGUGAUGGUCCACAAUUGCAGAAUAUAAAAAAAAACAUUUUUAAAAAUAGAAAAAACUAAUUUAUUUUUAUUUUAUUUUUAUUUCCACCAAGGAGGGUUAUGUUUUCCUCCUUGUUUGUUUGUUUAUUAGCACUAUUACACAAAAACUAUACAACUGAUUCCUUUUACAUUUUGUAAAGCGUGGGACAUAAACCAAAGAAGAACUGGUUUUGGUGUGGAUCUAGAUCAGGGCGUGGAGCUUCCUUCAGUUUCACAGAUUUCCCAGAAAAUUCUAAAUGGAGCUUGAUGAGAAAAAAAAACAUCUGGCACAUUUUGUGAACCGAUACUUUGAGUUUGUGAAAUUUGGUGCAGCUUGAUGGAAUGCAAGUGGACUGUUGAAUGUGCUCUGCUGAGUACUGUUCUAGUGACUUAUUACUUUAAACAGUAAUCAAACCUCUUUCAAGUCGGUGAAAGAUUAUCAACAGGUAGAGAAAAAUAAAAGAAAGAGUUGUCUCAGAAUGAACUUGCAGGAAACAUCGGGAGCAACUGGAGCAUUCGGACCCUAUCUAGAAAAGUUAACAGAAAUGUUCUUCACGUGUUUCACUUUCGUUCUAACUUCUUCAACAUGAAUAAGGCUCAACGCACAGGAGGAAGGGUUUUUUUAUAGAUUCAAAUCAAGUUCAACAGAAACAGAAGAAACAGCCGUCCGACUGGUUUUAAGACACAUGUAACAGUGACUUCACAGGAAUUUUUUUUCACCUGCGAGCACAAUGACCUGGAGCAAAGGGGUGGGGCUAUCCCUGUGAGAGCAUGCAGGGUGGCAGUACUUCUUUACAGUGCUUCCUCUCACUUCCUGAUCCCUGCACAAAUAUGUGGAGGGACAAACACAGGACAGCCUGUUGUCAUUCUCUGGACCUGUGAAAUAUCACCCAGCAGCAAAGGUGAGACUGUGAUGACUCUGAAGUGACUGUCUGUGUGUGUUGUCAGAACUGAAGGUGGCUGGUUGAACCACAGGGAGAGACUGUGCAGUGCUGUAAACAUCAGGUGUCGACUGGAGCAGAAGAAGUCAGAUCACAGACAGAGUGCUCCAACAGCACAGACUGGGAUUGCUGCAGAUUUCAGUUUCACUUGUUGUCACCAUGUCGUAGGUCGAAAUCCAUCAGAGCGGCUGGAGCCAGAAUAAUAAUAACAAGAAUGUAGAUUUUCAGUGGAUUGAGAAUAGUUUUUCACCAGCUUAGUCAGGAGAACCUACUAACUGGGAGAUUAUUUGCCCGUCACUGGUGUAAAGUAUGUUCCUGUGGAAUUAUCUCACCGGGCUCCUGCUGAUAGCUGCUCAGAUAUGUAAAGCCGCUCACAUAUGUGACAAAUUGACAAAACUCAAUGUCGGCCAUGCGUUCCUUGGCACCAGCGUCCAGGUUAAGUUGCGGCUGUUCACCAGGGAGAAUACCACCUGCGGCACGCUCCUGUCCGACACCGACCUGUUGGCCCACCCCCAGUUCAACUUGUCCCGGUCCACCACCUUCAUCAUUCACGGGUACCGGCCCACGGGGUCUAUCCCUCGGUGGCUGGAUGACACUGUGGAGCUGCUGCUGGCCAGGACAGACACCAACGCCAUAGUGGUGGACUGGAACCACGGAGCUACCAACAUGGACUAUUUUAAGGUGACGAAGAACACACGGGAGACAGCAGACUACCUCACUGCGUUCAUCGAAAGGAUGCAGGAGCACGGUGCCUCUCUGAGCUCCAUCCACAUGAUUGGAAUCAGUCUCGGAGCUCAUAUAUCAGGUUUCGUAGGCGCCAAACUGGACGGCGCGAUUGGAAGAAUUACAGCUCUGGAUCCGGCCGGGCCUGACUUCACUGGAACUGCACCAGAGCAGCGACUGGACCCCACAGAUGCCCAGUUUGUGGACGUCCUGCACACAGACAUCGAUUUUCUGGGCUACAGGGAGCCUUUGGGUCACAUUGAUUUUUAUCCAAAUGGAGGAUCAGACCAGCCCGGCUGCCCAAAGACCGUCUUCUCUGGAAGCUCUUAUUUCAAAUGCGACCACCAGAGAUCGGUGUUCCUCUUCCUCGCCUCGAUGAAUCAGACGUGUCUCAUCAGGGCGUUCCCCUGCUCGUCCUACAGCGACUUUCUGGACGGAAAGUGUCUGAGCUGUGAGCAGUUUGGUGCGGCCGGAUGUCCUGUCUUUGGCUAUGACGUCACAAAGUGGAAAGACACCCUGGUGGGACUGAAACAAACCAAAGUUUUCUUCACAACAAAUCCAAAGCUUCCAUUCUGCACUACAGGCUACACAGUAGAUGUGGUGAUAUGGAACACCAAUAUUCAGAGUGGAUACAUGACCAUUAAACUUCAUCAUAAUGGUACAGAAGCAGUGGCGACCGUUGACCAUAAAUCCUCAAAGUUUGAGAAGUACACAGAGACCAAGUUGUUCGCCCAGUUUGAUAAAGACAUUGAGUCAGUGGACAAAAUGUCCGUCAAGUUCUCCUCUGGGAUCGGGCUCAAGCCCAAGUAUAAGCUUCGUGUUCUGCGAAUCCGUCUCACACAUGUGGAACUCAAGACAACGGCUCUCUGUCGAUAUGACCUCCUCCUUGAGGAGAACACGGAGGUCACCUUCAGACCGAUUCCCUGCGAAGAAUCCAUCUUCUGAGGCACAAUGGGACCUUGUGUCAAAAACGUUGCUGUUUGUCCUGAGAGGCUCAGCUGCCUUGUACAGGAAAACAAGGACUGAGAGAAAAUCACAUGGACCCAGCAGCUGAAUAUUUACUGACAAAACAGAAUGUGAUAUACCAGUGUAUAUACUGUAUAUGUGUUUUUUAAGAGAAAAUAUAUAUAUGUUUAUAUGUGUGUUUGUCUGGGAAAAGGACUAUAUUUGACUUUCACUAAAUAAAUGUUCACACGUUGAAAUAUUCAUAGCAAAUGACCUGUGAUGUAAAGUUCUGAGCCAUUUUAAACAUUUCACGUUGCUUCCAACGACAUAUUUAUUUGUGUAAAUGAGAAUUUUUAAUAAACAAAAACAAAAAUAUUCAGUCCUUUUGGCCAUUCAGCAGUCUCACAAAAAGUAAAUAAAAUGUUAUAUGAAA